AAAUGCCAUUUACUUUACCCUCAUACCUUGGAAAUCCACGCCCCAAAUUAUAGCCAAUCACACAAACAUGUCCACCUUAUUCAUCUCAAACAAUACUAUAUUUUAGUUUCCAAAGAUGAGCUCAGACGUCAAAUUCCCAAUCCCAGCUAAAAAACAAACAUUAACGUGGCAUCUCCAUGGAUUCAUUGUGUGAGCUUGCGUCUCGGCAACUCAUAAAUACAAACAAUAAUAAGCACGCAGCUGAGCUGACAUCCCCAAUUCAUUCAACGUGCAUUUCUUAAAGAUUCCGCAUCUACCUUUCCAAUUCACAAAAGUUUUCACCUUUUUGUGUCAUAACUCAUAACAUAAAAAUUGGAUAUGGAGGUGGUCUCUGAGAGGAGAGAGAAACCAGUCACUUCGUCGGCACCGGAGAUUACGACGUUCACCGGAAAACAAGAGUCGGUGCUUCACACUAUUCUCGCCGUCGCUAUUUGGCUUGGUGCUAUUCAUUUCAAUGUCGCCAUUGUUAUAGCUUCCUUUUUCUUUCUCUCUCUCCCUAAUUUUUUUGCGGUUUGCUGUGUUCUUCUGAUAUUUAUUUUGAUUCCGAUUGAUGAAAAGGACAAAUUUGGCCGGAAAUUAGCUAGUUAUAUAUGUAAGCACGCUUGUGGUUAUUUUCCGAUCACUCUUGACGUUGAAGAAUACAAGGCAUUUGAUCCUAAUCGAGCUUAUGUUUUUGGGUAUGAACCCCAUUCGGUCUUGCCAAUUGGUGUUGUUGCGCUUGCUGACCUCACAGGCUUUAUGCCUUUGUCUAAAGUGAAGGUUCUUGCAAGUACUGCAGUGUUUUACACUCCAUUUUUGAGGCAUAUAUGGUCGUGGUUGGGUCUAUCUCCGGCAACUAGAAACAAUUUUAAAUCUCGGCUGUCUUCAGGUUAUAGUUGCAUCAUAGUGCCGGGCGGAGUUCAAGAGACGUUUCAUAUGGAGCAUGGCUCGGAGGUAAUUUUUCUUAAAAAUAGGAAAGGAUUUGUUCGCCUGGCUUUGGAGAAGGGCUGUCCUUUGGUUCCUGUGUUCAGCUUUGGUCAGUCAGAGGUCUAUAAGUGGUGGAAGCCCAGUGGAAAGUUGUUCUUGCAAAUCGCCAGAGCUUUGAGGUUCACCCCUGUAUUUUUUUGGGGAGUUUUUGGGUCGCCGUUACCUUAUCGGGUCCCCAUGCAUGUUGUGGUUGGUCGACCGAUUGAUGUGAAGAAAAAUCCAGAGCCCACCAUGGAGGAGGUUUCGGAAGCUCAUAGCCGGUAUGUUGAGGCGCUCGAAGACCUUUUUGAAAGACACAAGGCAAGAGUUGGUCAUGCUAAUCUUCAACUGAAGAUUCUUUAAUUUUUUUUUGGAUUGUCUUGUAUAUAUGCACAUUAAAAACCGCCCAAAUCCCCCAAAAAGAAAAAAAAAAAAAGGUACUCUUUAACAGCUAUGAGUAAUCCAAUCUUUUAAAGGUUAAAUUUCGGCUAGAGAAAGGGGAUAUCCAACUCUAUCUGAAAAAUGAAGACGAGUGAAUUGUCAUGAUGUAGUUCCUGUAUCCCUCAGCAGCUAAAUUUCAUUUACACCGUAAUUCAAAAUGUAGUCACUAUUAUUUGUCAUCUCUCCUGUUUUUGAUGAAUUCUCAGUCUUCUCCUUUCCGAGAUGUCACAACAUAUGUCAACAAAUGUAGUUUUCCUCAAUUUGUUUCUUUAACCAAAAUAAUCAAAAUAUUUUGGUUCUUCGGUGAA